AGUUGGUUCUUUUUUUUUUUAGUGUGAAAAGGGUAUUCUCCUUUGGUAUCACUUUCGGUGGCUAUCAUGAGUUCUAAAUCUUCCGUUGUUGAUGAUAAGAUUAACUUUCAAAACCUUCGUACCUGGUCUUUUUUUUUUUUUUUUUUUGGCGUAGUUAUCAGUUUAAUAAAAUGACCAUGGGUGUUGGAUUUGAAGCAAUCUAUCUUGGCUCUGCACUGACUGCUACUCCCUGACCUUUGCAAUUUAGAACGGAAAGGUUAUUUAUUGUAUUAGGGUCCAGGUAUUUCUAAUAUUUAUUAAUGUAAAGGUUUCAGAUUUCUUUUAGGUAUUAUUCUUUUUAUGGGAUAGGGUUGAUUUUUGUACCACCUGCAUAUAUCUUAUAUUUCUAUUUUCUUCCGUGAAACAUUGAAUUAUUGGUUUAGUUUUGGAUUCUGCAGAUUUUGUUUCUUCAGAAAAAAAUCUUGCAAGUUUUGUUUCCAUGUUAUUUCCGAGAUUUUAAGAUUGGUAAAUCUUUGUUUAUUAUAAUUGUUUUCACAGCUUGUUUGAGUAUCAUGGAGGCCAGCAGCCAAGGAAAAAUAACAAGCAGAGACUACAAAAUUAGAGAAGAGAAUGGUGCAAAAUUUCCAACUGAUUUUGGUGAACUUGAUCCCUGGACGGCUUGGGCAUACAAGCCACGUACAAUAACUUUACUUUUUGUUGGAACAUGUUUAUUAGUUUGGGCAAGUGGAGCACUAGAUCCUGAAAGCACAGCAUCAACUGACAUUGUUACAUCAGUAAAGAGAGGUGUCUGGGCGAUGAUUGCUGUCUUUUUAGCCUAUUCCUUGCUGCAAGCACCUUCAACGGUUCUUAUAAGGCCACAUCCUGCAAUUUGGCGCUUAGUUCAUGGAAUGGCUGUUGUGUACCUUGUUGCCCUAACAUUUUUGCUUUUCCAGAAUCGUGAUGAUGCUAGGCAGUUUAUGAAAUAUCUCCAUCCUGCUCUGGGAGUUGAAUUACCUGAAAGAUCAUAUGGAGCUGAUUGCCGUAUUUAUGUCCCAGAGAAUCCAAAAAACAGGUUUAUCAAUGUUUAUAAUACAUUAUUUGAUGAGUUUGUUCUUGCUCAUAUUUUUGGAUGGUGGGGUAAGGCAAUAAUGAUACGAAACCAGCCCCUUCUGUGGGUGUUGUCGAUUGGCUUCGAAUUGAUGGAGUUUACUUUUCGCCACAUGUUGCCAAAUUUCAAUGAGUGCUGGUGGGACAGUAUUAUUUUGGACAUCUUGAUCUGCAAUUGGUUUGGUAUUUGGGCAGGAAUGCAUACUGUUAGGUACUUUGAUGGAAAAACCUAUGAGUGGGUGGGCAUAAGCCGCCAACCAAAUAUAAUUGGUAAGGUCAAAAGAACAUUGGGCCAGUUUACACCUGCAAGAUGGGACAAAGACGAAUGGCAUCCCUUGCUUGGACCAUUGAGAUUCAUUCAAGUGCUGUGCCUUUGCAUUGUUUUUAUGAUUGUGGAACUCAACACCUUUUUCCUCAAGUUCUGUCUAUGGGUUCCUCCUAGAAACCCCUUGAUUGUUUAUAGAUUAGUUCUGUGGUGGCUAAUUGCUAUACCAACAAUCCGCGAAUACAACACCUACUUGCAAGACAGAAAGCCUAUCAAGAAGGUUGGAGCAUUCUGUUGGCUUUCACUAGCAAUAUGCAUAGUGGAGCUUCUAAUUUGUGUCAAAUUUGGCCAUGGUCUCUUCCCAAACCCAAUGCCCCCAUGGUUAAUAACUUUCUGGACGACUGUCGGCAUGGCCCUAGUGGUGUUCCUAUUCAUCUGGACUUGUCAGAUUCAUCAAUCCGUGAUGAAGAAGAGGCGAUGAUCGCCUACCUACAUUUUUCAUUUUCUUCCCCCACUUUGACUCAUUAUUUUACCUCUGUAAAUACUCUGCAUCUGUAAAUGAAUCAAUUGCUGCCUAGACUGGAAACCAGUCAGGCAAGUAGAGGAUGAUUUUUCAUUUUAACUAUGUAUCAAUGCUCUUCCUGCA